GUCUGUACUGUAGCUACAGUAACAAACAGUGGCAUUGUGAACUCAGAGUCUCUGAUCUCACUUCUCUCUGCCUCCCGCUCAUAUUUCCUCUCAGUCAGUUGUUGUGGGGCAGUGCGUAGUGACAGCGAUGGGAUGAGGUAGUUCAGGUUGUCUCUUGGUGUGUUGGACCUGGUUGAACUGUGACUGAUGCGGACUAAGGCCCUGGCUCGCUCGGAGGACCCCGCGGAUGGCUUGAAAAGAGCGUCUGAUACCGAGCAGGAUGCGGCGGUGAAACUUAACCAGGAGCGGGCUGAGAUAGUCGCCAAAUAUGACAAGGGAAAAGAGGCCACCGUGGAGCCCUGGGAGGACACCAACUUCCACCUUUACAAAGUCAUCGACCGCUUUGGCUUUGUCCAUGAGAAUGAACUUCCAUCCUACGACUCAGUGGAGGCGAAGCAAAAACACAUGGAGGUGGAGAGGACCACCAAGUGGCUGAAGAUGAUGAAGAGCUGGGACAAAUACAAGAACAGUGAGAAGCUGGUCAGGAGGAUCUAUAAGGGAAUCCCUCUGCAGCUCCGAGGGGAGGUGUGGUGUCUGCUGCUCGACGUUCCCAAAAUAAAGGAGGAGAAGAAAGACUUCUAUGAGAAAUUAAAGGCCAGGGCCAGAGGACUCUCCCCCGACAUCCGCCAGAUUGACUUGGAUGUAAACCGCACCUACAGGGACCACAUCAUGUUCAUGCAUCGAUACGAUGUCAAGCAGCAGGCUCUCUUCCACGUCCUCACAGCCUACUCCAUGUACAACACGGAGGUGGGCUACUGCCAGGGCAUGAGUCAGAUCACAGCUCUGCUGCUGAUCUACAUGAAUGAAGAGGACGCCUUCUGGGCUCUGGUCAAACUACUGUCUGGGCAGAAGCAUGCCAUGCAUGGGUUCUUUGUCCCCGGCUUCCCGAAGCUGAUGCGUUUCCAGGAGCACCACGACCGUAUCCUCAAGAAGAUGAUGCCCAAACUGAAACAACACCUGGAUACCCAAGAGGUGUUUACAAGUCUCUACACCAUGAAGUGGUUCUUCCAGUGCUUCCUGGACAGAACUCCCUUCACACUCACCCUCAGAAUCUGGGACAUCUACAUCUUGGAGGGUGAAAGAUUGCUGCCUGCCAUGUCCUACACUAUCCUCAAACUGCACAAGAAGCACCUGAUGAAGUUGUCCAUGGAAGAUCUGGUGGAGUUUCUGCAGGCGACCUUGUCCAAAGAUUUCUACUUCGAGGACGACUUUGUGAUUGAGCAGCUACAGGCGUCCAUGACGGAGCUCAGGAGGGCGAAGCUGGAUCUGCCCGCACCAGGUAAAGAGGAAGAGUUUCCCAAGAAGCCUCUCGGGCAGCUUCCUCCUGAGCUGGCGGCAGCGGGGGCCAACCACGUGGCCAACGGUCAAAGCCACGCCGAGCCAGUCGAGCCUCCCAGGGACCCGAGUCCUGUACCGGACCGCCAGCGGGACAGUCACCCCCCCAGCCGGACACGGCGGGACUCGCUUGAGAAACCGAUCCGCCACCACAAGGCUGACAGGAGGGACGGCCGCUCCAGGGGAUCGGGGGAGAUCCCCAAUGAGCCGCAAAGGCAGUCCACCUCCACCACGCCUGAGAGGCGAGAAACGCCGCCCUCAGCCGCCACCCCUACAUCACAGCUCAGCACAGUGGAAAGAAGGAAGCAUCAGAGCCACGCCACCGCCAACCACAACUCCAACGCAGCCUCCAGCUCUCACAGGGACAUCACUCCCCGCUGGUUCAAACCCUCCGAGACAAAGCUGGAAGCAGCCAAAGCGGCGGCGGCCCGAGAGGUCCACCUGAGCCGAGGGCCAUCGCCGGGCCCUUCCAGCCCAGAGGACAGUGCUCUGCCCCACCGCCGGCCCCGCUCCAAGGGUUUUAUCCCCGGCACUGACCGAGGCUCCAACGCCUCCCAGUACGAUAACGUACCGGGGAUGCCGGAGCAGAAUUUUGAGAUCCUUGAGCUUGAGAGACCUCCGUCCAGAAUGAGGACCCCUCGCAGCGAGACACCCUUCAGUGCAUCAUCCCUCCAUCAGGGCAGCCCCAGCCGCGGACCCAGUCUGGCCGGGAGCGUCGUCUCUGUCGCGUCAGGCCCCAGGAUGGCCAAACACACUCUUCCUCCUCCAUUUUCUCACAACAGUCCAGCAGGAAUCCAGGCCAGCUACCCUGGCAGCCAGAGCCAGUACCACACCCCCCCGCAGCAGCACUCCCCAGGCAGACCAACGACCGAAGUCCCCAUCUUCCAUCCCGCCUACAGCGUGAGCCUGGACCACAGAGGGGAGGACAGACUGUAUCCGCCCUCCCGAUUUACCCCGCCCUCCACUGUGGCGUACGGGGAACGAGCGUACGCCACCACGCAGCGGCAGACGAACAACCUUUCCCCAGAGAAAGCUCUCAUGAACAACUCCUACACCACCUACCGCAGGCAGCCGCCCCCUAACUCCUCCCAAAACCCCCGUAACGCCAGGCCUCCCCCGGAGCACUCCCUGCAGCUGGAAACCCAGGGGCGCUCCACCCCCAUCUACCUGCAACAGCUCACCUCCACCGCCCAGGUCUACGCCCCAAUGGACUACAGGUUUGAGGGCCACAGGAGAGGCGAAGCGAACCCGCACUACCUGCCAGAGGUUGGGCCUCGGCGGCCCGUAGACGGGCUCCAGUGGGCGCCAGAGGACGAGCUGCCCCCUCAAUCCCCAGGUGGGAUGCCCCGCUCACCCAGCUUCCAGCGAGCCCAAAUGUCUCCCGUUCAGGAGUUCACUUUUCCACCCAACCCAGACAGCCUGCUUCACUACAGGACACAGUUCCAGGAGCAGCAGCCUGUCAUAAGGCAACAGCUCCCCCAGCUGUUUGGAGGACCACACUACAGGCACGCACAGGAGGCGUUUGCCAUGCAGGAGUCCAUGCUGCUGUGAUGGGAAGAGGGAGAAAAUGGCGAGACACUGUAAAAAUAAAACAAAACAAACUGAGGUGUAGUCACUGACACUGUGGUAAAGACGAGCAGUUAGUCCUAGCUUUGUUAGGAACCUGGUUUUGUUUCUGCUCUGAUGUUCUUUAUGUGUGAAGUACUGACCUUCUGACUGUCACGCUGCAUCGUAACGUUGCAGGACGCACCAGCCUCUGACGUUUUUACUGAUCACUUUAACAAGAGAAAGAAAAAAAACAAACAAACUGACUGAAGAUUUUAUUUUAUUUUUGGAUGUAAAUCAUUAACGAGAGGUGACAGUAUAUAUCUUUUAGAGUCGGAUAUGUACAGUGGAUUUUUUUGUUAAUAUGAGCUGAGUUGUUAUCAGUAGCAGGGGAAUGUUCUCCCCUGAGAGCAAAAACUCUGAUUUAUUUUCCCAUCUUUAUUUUUUUAUAUGUUACUUGCAGAUAUUUACAUUAGAGAUGGAUUUACUCUAUAAAUGCUUGUGAAUGUUAUUUUUCCAAAAGGAGAAGAAAUAAUACGAUGUCCAAUGAUAAAAUUAGAAGCGCAGUACUGUACGUUUUUUGAUUUUCCAUUUCAAUAUUGAAAGAAAGAGCAGGAUUUCUUGUUUACUUUGUAGUUUUUAACUUUCCAGUGAUGAUAUUCCUUCCAGAUUAACUGGUGUGCAAUUCAUUUCUCUUAAAAACGUGAAGUACAGUGAGUAUUUACACAUAUUUGAGGCCAGUGUAAUUAUUGGUUAAAUCCCAACCCUAAUUAGAGACUCAAGAAAUCAAGCUAAUUUGUGAGGGCUAAUAAUAAUAAUAUAUAUGUUUUAUUUGUUCUGAUUUGCUAUGUAACCAUUAGGUAACAUGUUUUUUUUUAAUUGCUGUACUGUCGUUACCACAUCUUGAGCAAACGCUGCCAGAGAUGUGGUGUGAACUAGUUUCCGCACAAGUUUUUGCUUUUACUUCAUUACGUCUUAUUAUUCUCAACACUGUCAUAUCAACUACUGUUUGCACUUCCACUGGCAUACACACACACACACUUAUACAUGUCAACAUUUAAAAUCAGUCACAUUCCCUGUUAUUAUUCCUCAUACUCUGGUUUUGAAGCAGUUGCUCUCCAACAGUAUUGCCGUACUGUUUCAUUACAUUCCCUAAGUUAUCUUUGUUUUUUGUUAAACAACUAAUUGCAGACCGUUCUGAUACUUUGCUUAAUAAAAUGAGGUGGGGUGAAAA